AAAAGUGCAAAUAAAUAUUGUGAUUUCUAUGGAGAAAAUCAAAAGUAUGCAGAUAUACGCUAUGGAUCUAAACGAAACCUAUGGAUUAUGGAUAAGAGCACUAUGGGAUUAUCUGCAUUUGCUUGCGAGAAAAACUUCUAGGGAUCUAUGGGACUUGAGUGCGACGUAGCCCAACAAGAACCAUCAAGCGGCGAGAAAAAGAUUGCUCGUAGGAUGAAGAAUGUUUUGGAGACAAUCUCUCCCGCACAACUUGGAAUUAACAAACCGUUCACAACCAACAGUUGCAGCUUCCAGCAACAGUACCAGGGAGAUUUCCAAUCGUAUUAUCCAACCCGUCUUGAAUCGACCAGCUCAAAUCUUCGUUAGAAUAAUGACGACUGAAGUCGUGUAUGGCGAGGAGUUGGGAUCACCUCCACCAACAACGACAGCCAGUCAGCUGUUAAACCAAAAUGUUUCCUACGGCCAAAAUCAACUCUCACCGAGUACGGCGGUCCUGCCAUCGCUGUCCAACACUGGCAACUACACAACAUCCAGUAAUUCGAGCAUUGUCGCGAAUUUGUCAUCCUUAUUAAGCGAUUUGGCCGUGGAAACUACCAUUGGUACGGCAGACGGUACCGCUGUGAACACGACGUCCAACGUGGCGAAUAAUUCCAGUGCGACGGCAGCGAAUAGCGGUUUUGGUGGCAACUCGACGUUCCAAAACGAUCUGAUUAUCCCGCUGUACGCGAUUGUCUUUUUGCUAUCGCUGAUAGGCAAUUCGAUAGUGAUUCUGAUGCUAGUGCUGGAAAAACGGAUGCGCUCGGUGAUUAAUGUAUAUCUGCUGAAUUUGGCCAUGACGGAUCUUCUCCUGGGUGUAUUUUGCCUGCCGUUCACACUGGUCGGGCAGGUUCAGCAGAAUUUCAUUUUUGGCAGGAUCAUGUGCAAAGUUUUACCGUACUUUCAAGCCGUUAUCAUCUCGGUAGCCGUGUGGACCCAGGUGGCGAUAGCACUGGAACGCUUCUUCGCCAUCUGUCGGCCGCUUUCAUCCCGUCGGUGGCAAAGCCAGUCCCAUGCAUCGAAAAUGAUAGCCCUGGUUUGGAUUCUCAGCUUUCUGGUGAACUCUCCCUUGUUCUACGUGCAGCAACUGCAACCUAUAACCAAUCUAAGCACCACCCUCGACGCCGUCGUCAGCAGCAUCCAACAGCCGAUGGAGUGUAGCGAAAUAUGGCCGAGCAAAUCAUUCAAACGGGCCUAUGAGAUCUCCCAGAGUGUGUGGCUAUUGUUUUUACCACUGGUCACAAUGGUAUUAACGUAUUCGAUGAUUAUGUCAAAAAUUUGGCGAAGACUGCAUCAUGGAAUAUAACAAACGAAUGAAAUUGAAAAACAUCAAAUGCAAAUCACCAAAGCUACCAUCUCGCUGAAUUCAUUCCCCUCUAACACGAGUUUCAAGACCAAGACCAUCCUACCACAAUCCCGGGAAACCAAUUGCCACUUCAUACCGACAGAAGCGACCGCACCGAAAAAAAAUCAACGCAACACGUCAUCGAAGGGGUUUUCCAAUUCCAUCUGCAAUGUGCACAGUGGAUGUGCAGCCACCGAAAAACAUCCGGUUCGUAUUUCGAAGUAGACCUGUGCGCCGAUCUACUUUGAACCGGCGGCGGCGUGAAUGUAUUUUUCUAACGGCGGCGGCGGCUUAGCCGGCUCCACGCCGCGGUUGUUUUCGGCGGCGGCGGCGGCGGCUUGAUCGGCGCGGUUCAAAAUUUUCCUUCAAACAGU